AUGGUGGGAGUCCCGCAGGUGACCCGGCUGGACUCGGCCUUCAUCCGCAAGGACCCGUACGGGGUGGUGCUCGUCAUCGCGCCAUGGAACUACCCCAUCCACCUCCUGCUGGGGCCCCUCAUCGGGGCCCUCGCUGCAGGUAAUUGUGCCGUUAUCAAACCCUCAGAGAUGACCAAGAACACAGAGAGACUUGUGGCUGAAGCUCUGCCCACCUACCUGGACAAGGACUGCUUUGCUGUGGUGACCGCCGGCGUGGAGGAGACCACCAGACUGCUGGAGAACAAGUUUGACUACAUCUUCUACACCGGCAGCCCCUCCGUGGGGAGGAUCGUGAUGACAGCCGCUGCCAAGCACCUGACGCCCGUGACGCUGGAGCUGGGGGGCAAGAACCCCUGCUACGUGUCCGACACCUGCGACGUGCAGAACGUGGCCCAGCGGGUGGCCUGGGGCCGCUUCUUCAAAGCGGGGCAGACCUGCAUCGCGCCCGACUACGUGCUGUGCAGCGUGGAGAUGCGGGAGAAGCUGCUGCCCGCCCUGCGUAAGACCAUCGCUGAUUUUUAUGGCUCCAACCCUCGGGAGUCCCCCGACUUUGGGCGCAUCGUGGGGGACAAGCACUUCCAGCGGGUACAGAAGCUGCUGCGCAGCGGGCGUGUGGCCAUCGGAGGACAGACGGAUGAGAAGGAGCGCUACAUCGCUCCGACGGUGCUGGUGGACUUGCAGCCCUCUGAUCCUAUCAUGCAGGAGGAGAUCUUUGGCCCCAUCUUACCCAUUGUCAUUGUGGCCAACAUGGACGAAGCCAUUGACUUUAUCAACAGCCGUGAGCGGCCGUUGGUUGUGUAUGCCUUCUCCUCCGAUGACAAGGUGGUGAACCAUUUCCUGGAACGGACAAGCAGCGGUGGCUUCUGCGGCAACGACACCCUGAUGCACGCGACAUCCAGCCAACUUGUACUGUGUGUUGCAGGAAACAGCGGCCUGGGGAUGUACCACGGCAAGUUCACCUUCGACACCUUCCUGCGCUGCCCGCCCUACAGCCAGCAGAAGAUGGGCAUCGUCCGGGCCGCUUCCGAGGUGAAGCGCAAGGGCGCCUGCACCCUGCUCUGA